UACUUUCCUUUCAUUACUACCUACAACUAUAUUAUAUAUAAUACAAAGCAAAGCAAAGCAAAGCAACAAAGGUAGCAUCUUUCUCUUGCCAUCGAUGGGAUGCAUCAUGAGCUCAAGCACGCUCGAAGCUCAUGGAGGAGCAGGGAAUCUUGGCACCAUCCAAGCUUCCCCACAUGGAGACGAAGCCGAAUGUAGGAGAAGAAUGGCGUGGAGUCUUGCCCUCUUGUCCUCGUCUGCUACCGCUGUGCGGCGGCGGUGGCGUGGUGGAGUUGGAGAGGAUGAGCGGAGUAAGGGUGGUGGUUGUGGCUCUGAGAACAAUCACUCGUGGUUGCUCGCUGAUGUUCGCGCCGACUCGUUGAAUUCGUCGUUCAGGUUCAGCUUUGGCGGCCAGGCGGAGGCGGCGGCGGUGCUGCUUUUGGUGAGCCCGGAGGGUGGUGGAGUUGAGGAUGAGGGCACGAGGGUGGAUUCGGUGGAGCGGAGUAUCUCGCCUGUUGCUGGGUCGCUGGCGCGGUUCUGUUUCUCCGAGAUGCGCGCUGCCACUCAUGAUUUCUCCAGAGGGAGGGAGUUGGGGAGAGGGGCGCUGAGCAGGGUGUACAGAGGGAGGAUUGGCAUGAGGGCAGUGGCGAUCAAGAGAGUGGAAGCGAGGGGGAAAGAGAGCAGCAGGGCCUUUUGCCGAGAGCUGAUGAUCGCCAGCGCAUUGUGUCAUCCAAAUGUAGUUCCCCUCAUUGGCUUCUGUGUAGAUCCUCAAGGUCUCUUCCUUGUCUACAAAUAUGUCUCUGGGGGAAGCCUUGAUCGUCAUCUCCAUCUCAAUGAUAGCAAGGGAAGAUAUAAGAAGAAAAAGGUAAAAGUGUUAACUUGGGAGGUGAGGUACAAUGUGGCAAUUGGGGUGGCUCGGGCUGUGGAGCACCUCCAUUAUGGUACUGAUAAGUGUGUGAUUCAUAGAGACAUCAAGCCUUCCAACAUCCUCCUCUCUUCUAAUCGAACUCCCAAGCUCUGUGAUUUCGGGUUGGCAACCUGGAUCCAUGGACCUUCAUUGCCUUUCCUUUGCAAGUCAGUCAAAGGUACUUUCGGGUACUUGGCGCCUGAGUAUUUUCAACAUGGUAAGCUAUCUGACAAGACUGAUAUUUAUGCACUGGGGGUGGUUCUCUUGGAACUGAUAACCGGACGGAAAGCGAUUGACCAGACUAGACCUCAGGGAGAUGAGAACUUAGUCUUGUGGGCAAAGCCAUAUCUGCAGCAAGGUGCAGAAGCUAUUAGUAAGCUGGUUGAUCCGAGAUUGAAACCUAGCUCGCGCCGCUGGAAUGAAAUGAGCCGCGUGCUUCAAACUGCAACAGCUUGUCUAAGCAAUGACGAGUCAGCAAGGCCGAGUAUUGACAAGGUCAUUUCAAUGUUACAAGGCGACGAAACUUGCAACGACUGGUCUGAAUUCACGAAGAAAAGUCUCCUCUCUGGUUAUGGUUCUCAGUCCCAUAAUUCUUCGGAAAAGUUCGACAUGAGAAGCCAUGUAGCUCUUGCCAUGCUCGGGGUCUCCGACACCGAAGAAGACGAUCUUUAUGGUCGAUAAAUUACCGAUUUUUGGCUGCCAUUUUUCUUUCAUAUACUAAUGCUAAUGUUGUACUUGUACAUAAGAAAUAGGGAAAGCAUUGUUGUGGAUCAAACUAGUCAGCUUAUGCUCUGUAAAUGCUUGUUUUUGGCCUUC